AUAAUAUCUAUCAUAAAAACGACAUUAAUUCAGCUGUCACUUAGAUCCGAGGUGCUUCAGUAAGCAAGACUAGUUCGUGUCUACCAAAAACAGUACGAAAUGACUGUUCCCAAGAUUACUAGAACAUACUGUUCCAUGUGUUCUGUCCGAACAAAGUCCAUAUUAGAACGAUGGCGCGAGACAAAAGGCGCAUGAAAAAUGAAAUGUGUUACACUGAUGAAGAAUGUGAAGAAAUGAUAACUGGGGAAAAAGGAAUUUGAAAUUUGGCUCAAAACUUGGUUCAUUGUGGUAUUGUUAUUGCUUUGGCUCGACGAAUGAAUGAAAUGUUUGCUUGCGUUUCCGUUUUUUCUUGAUUGGAAAGAUCCGGCACUUUUGUUUAAUGUUGCAGACACAACAUUAUGGUCCUCCGGGCCGGAUUCAGAAUUAACGUAACGCACUUAAGCAUUUGAACUCAGAACUUGCAUCAGUAUUUAGAUUUUGAAACAUAUGCGCAUAACGCUGUAACGAACUAACGUAACCAAUGCAGAACUAUUAUUUUAAGGUUUGAGGACUUUUAACGAGUUUCAUAUUUCCGUAACGUAAAAAUGAGCGGAGAUACGAGUACGUCGGAGGCCAGCCUGAAGACGAGGAGUGAGGCUGGAACCAGCACCUCAACAGCCAGUGCCAAGCGCAGGAAGGCUCAGGUGUCCCAGUUGAAGGCGCUGCAGGCCAGACGAGCGGCUGAUGAAGCUGAACGAGCGCUGGAGUCACGAAGACGGGCGGCCACCGCUGCCGCCGCCGCUGCUGAGGCUGAGGCCCAACUCGUGAUACAGGAGGCCCGGGCAGAGGCUCAGAGGGCUGCUGACGCCGCCGAAAUCGAUGCUUUAGAAUUGCGGCUCAUGGAAGACGACGAUUCGAAGUCCCAGUCCCCGAACGAUUUGGUAUCUGAAGAUAGAGACAGAGAGGGAAAUGGAGCGCCGGCAGACCCUAGGCCGCCCUCCGGUGUCAUAUCAAGACACGGUCAGAUGCAGCAGUUACCCGAUGUGAAUCAGAUACGAUCUCAGUCCGCUGCAGGGCCCCAGCGAGCUCACCUGCCUGAACAAAAUGCAAAUGCUGACGCCCGGGAGCGCACGGAGCGCUGGCUGAGUGAGCUGCCGUGCGGUGACGGCCAGCGCCGGACCUCAUCACUGCCCAAGAUAACGCUGGACGAGUUUGAUGGCUCUCCACUCGAAUGGCCACGGUGGAGCGGACUUUUCCGGGCUCUGGUGCAUGAUAACGGCGCUCUCUCAGACACCGAACGUUUGACCUACCUGCAGUCUUGUCUGACAGGCGAAGCGAGAGAAGCAGUGCGUGGGCUCUUAUGUGACGGCAACAUGUAUGAAGAGGCACUAAAAGAGCUGGAUAUGCAAUUUGGGGACCCUCGCGCGGUUGUAACAGCUACCCUUGAUGGUGUCCUCAAGCAUCACUCCAUAAAGGAAAAUGAUGUCGAGAGCCUGAUGCGGUUCUCUCGCGCCCUCCACGCCGCCGUCAGUGUUCUGUCCGCCAGAGGUUUCGAAGCUGACCUCGCUGCAGUAACAAACCUGGACCAGGUCCUAGAAAAGCUGCCAAGGUCACUGGCUUGGCAGUGGGGCCAGGUGGAGCUGAAGAUGGCACCACGUCGUCCCACGCUGGGAGACGUUGACCAGUGGCUGAGACCGCUGGUGCUGGCUGGUCGCCGCGCGCUCAGUGUCUCUAGACAGCGGGAGGUGAUGAUGCCCAGAACGCAGCGGGUGGCUCCGGCAGAGCCAGCCGGUCGACGGAGAGGCAGCAGCCAGCGCACCACUCUGGCUACAGCGACGGCAACAGAGCCCGCUCCAUGUCCGGCCUGCGAUGGAGAGGCGCACAAUCUGGAUUGCUGUCCAGUUUUCAAAGCCAUGGCGCCAGUCGACCGCCUGCAGCUCGCGCGUGACAACAGACGCUGUUAUCGCUGUCUCGGCGAGUCACACUGGGCCAGCCGGUGUCGAAAGAAGUUGAUCUGUGGAGAGAACGGCUGUCGUGGGAAGCAUCACCCACUGCUGCAUGUGCCCGAUCACUCGAGUCGGCGCUCAGAGGAGCAGGAUGCUCCAGCACUAGCUGCUGACCAGCCGAGAAGUGUGAUGGCGACAGCCUUGGAUGCAACGAGCGGGCCACGUAAAGCACUGCUGCAAGUGGUUCCCGUGAGAGUACUCGGCCCAGCUGGGAAGUUCGUCGACACGCACGCGCUGCUCGACUCGGGAGCGGACACAUCAUUAUGCAUUGAGAGCGUGCUUCGGGAUCUGUCGGUGACUGGGUCGACGGAGAAGCUCACGCUCGGUAACGUUGAGGGUACCGGCAUGACCCGGCCUACAAUGAAGGUGUCACUGCAGGUGGCUCCGCUGUCGGCAGACGGGCAAUGUGAGCCUGUAAAGGUGCCCGAAGUCUUCUCCGUUCCCCAGCUCAAUAUCCGGCCGCAGAGAGUCGAUUGGUCAAAAAGGGCUCAGUGGAAACACCUGGAAGGCAUCUCGAUUCCAGACACCAACGGACGGAAGAUCGAAUUACUCUUAGGUGCUAAUGUGCUGGAGGCGAUUCUCCAGCGGGAGGCCCGAGUAGGUGGGCCAGGCCAGCCGGCAGCCAUCCGGACGUAUUUUGGGUGGUGUCUGACGGGCAGCGUGGCACAGCUUCUACCGGUCGGCUCCCGAGAAGUGCUGCAUGUGGCCCACCGCUGUGAAGGCGAAGAGAAGCUGCAAGCUAUAGUGAGAGACUUCUGGUCUACCGAGGCUUUUGGAACAAGGUACAAUAUGAAGCAGCCUCGCUCUCAUGAAGAUCGACUGGCGGAAGAGAUGAUGGAGUCCACCACCGAGUGGAGAGGUGACAGGUAUGAAACCGGCCUUCUGUGGAAACCUGAUUGCGCCCCCCUGCCCAAUGACCGUAGCAUGGCCCUGCGCCGCCUUGAAUCUACGGAGAAGGCGCUCCGACGAGCACCAGAAAAGGCUGCAGCUUACCGCGACACUAUGAGAGAGUAUCUGGAUAAAGGCUACGCCCGUCUGCUGACCGAAGAGGAACUACAGAAGCAUCAUCAGAGGUGCUGGUAUUUGCCGCACCACGCGGUAACCAGCGCUAGCAAACCUGGUAAAUUCCGGGUGGUGUUUGACGCAGCGGCGAAGUUUGCAGGCACAUCUCUCAACGAGAAUUUGCUAACGGGCCCAGACCUGCUGAAACAAAUCCCAGGAGUGCUGCUUCGCUUCCGCCAGCAGCCAGUGGCUCUUAUCGCCGAUAUUGAGCAGAUGUUCCUGCAGGUGGCGGUCCGAGAAGAGGAUCAGCCGGCACUCCGGUUCCUGUGGCGGGAUCUAGAGACAGACAGACCCCCGAGCACCUAUCAAAUGGACCGGGUCAUCUUCGGAGCUCGCUCGUCACCCGCCUCAGCGAGUUUCGUAUUGAAGAAGACCGCAGAAGAGAGGGCUGAAGACACUCCCGAGGGUCGUAAAGCAGCAGCCAUCGUGGUAGAAGACUUCUACAUGGACGACAUGGUAACUUCAGUCAACAGCCCCGCCCAGGCGAAAACUAUCGUAAUCGAGGCGACAAAGCUGAUUUCAAGAGGCGGGUUCCGGCUGCGAAAAUGGCUCAGCAAUGAUAAGUCUGUCCUCGUCGAAAUUCCUGUGCAGGAGCGGGCUCCCAGUACAGCUGACUUAGAGAAGACACUGCCAACUGAGAAGGUGUUGGGUGUCACCUGGGAUGCCGAGCAGGAUGAGCUUAGCAGCACGGCGCCCAGUGAGCUGGCUUGUGUGCGGCAGCCGGCAACGAAGCGAGAAAUACUGCGCGUCGUGGCGUCUAUUUUUGACCCACUCGGAUUCACCUCGCCAUUUGUGCUUCUAGCCAAACUGCAGCUGCAAGCACUCUGGUCUUGCCAGCAGGGCUGGGAUGACCCACUCACCACAGAGGAAUCUGAUCGAUGGGCGGCAUGGAUGGAGGAGCUGCCCCGGCUGAGUGACACCAAGCUGCCACGAUGGUAUGGCGUUCAGGAAGAAGCCCCUCUGAGAAGAGAUCUCCACGUCUUCUGUGACGGAUCUGAAAAGGCUUUUGGAGCCGUGGCGUACCUGCGUCACGAGUACUCUGACAGACCAGUUCUGGACCAGAUGGCUGAAGGAAUAUGUCCCCAGCCUGACCUGUCGCCGCAAGUGGACAAGAGACAUGCGGAACUUGGCGCCCGGCGACCUGGUUUUGAUCGCAGAAGAUAACGUGCCGCGGGGUCAGUGGCCCCUCGGCAGAGUGAUCAAGUGAUGCCCGGCCCUGACGGCCGGGUGAGGUCAGCUCGUCUGCGCGCUCGUGGUGGUACAGUGCACCGACCGGCCACCAAGAUAUGCCUUCUCGAGGAGGCGAGAUAACUGCUGACGGUGUCCAGGGAUACCGGCGUCUCACGCGCGUGCGCGUGGAGGGGGGAGGAUGUUCUGUCCGAACAAAGUCCAUAUUAGAACGAUGGCACGAGACAAAAGGCGCAUGAAAAAUGAAAUGUGUUACACUGAUGAAGAAUGUGAAGAAAUGAUAACUGGGGAAAAAGGAAUUUGAAAUUUGGCUCAAAACUUGGUUCAUUGUGGUAUUGUUAUUGCUUUGGCUCGACGAAUGAAUGAAAUGUUUGCUUGCGUUUCCGUUUUUUCUUGAUUGGAAAGAUCCGGCACUUUUGUUUAAUGU